AUGCCCUUCGCCAAGCGGACCGUGGAGCCUCAGCGGCUGUGCCGGCGGCAGCCCGCCGCCUCCGUGCUGGAGGAGAGCUGGGGUGCGGAGCCGCCGCCGCGGGACCCGCCGCCGGAGGAGCCGGGGACGGCGGGCGAGGGCGCGGAGGCUGCUGGAGGCGGGGAGAGGGAGGCGGCGGCGGUGCUGAUGGUGCUGGACCUCUGCUCGGUCAGCAACGUGGCCCUGUCGCGGAUCCUCCGGCAGCUCUCCGACGUGGCCCGGCACGCCUGCACCCUCUUCCAGGAGGUCGAGGCUGACAUCCAGGGCACCCACCGCCGCGUCCGGGCGCUGCACGGCCGCAUCGCCGGCCUCCAGGGCGCCGUGCGCGGCCUCGACCCCAAGCAGGAGGCAGUGCCUGUCUCCAACCUGGAUGCAGAGAGCAAACUGAGUGUCUAUUACCAAGCACCUUGGCAUCAGCAAAGAAACAUCUUCCUCCCCUCCACCAGACCACCUUGUGUGGAGGAGCUGCACCACCACGCCAAGCAGCACCUGCGAGCCUUGCGCAGAGAGCAUCGAAGCCGAGGUGAUAACAGAGAGCAGAAAGUCCAAGGCCCCAUUACUGUGGUGGCUCCCCCCUUUCCUCCCUUCCCUGCAAUCUGCAGUCAAAAGAGGCAAGCGAUAAAGGACCGGCACUUGCUACCAUUUAUCAGCACCCGUUCGCCCUCCCCAGUUGAAUGUUGCCACAUGACCCCCUGGAGUAGAAAGUCCCAUCCACCAGAGGACGAAGAUACAGAUGUCAUGUUAGGGCAGAGGCCGAAAAAUCCAAUACAUAAUAUCCCUUCUACACUGGAUAAACAAACCAAUUGGAGUAAAGCACUACCUCUCCCAACUCCAGAGGAGAAAAUGAAACAAGAUGCCCAAGUGAUUUCUUCUUGCAUUAUCCCCAUCAAUGUCACUGGAGUUGGUUUUGACAGAGAGGCUAGUAUACGCUGCUCUCUUGUUCAUUCACAAUCUGUACUACAGCGGAGACGAAAGUUGAGGAGGAGGAAAACCAUCUCUGGCAUCCCCAGAAGAGUGCAACAGGAAAUAGAUUCAGACGAGUCACCGGUGGCAAGAGAGCGCAAUGUGAUUGUGCACGCAAACCCAGACUUCUCCAGCUCCAGCAGCAGGAGGUCAGGGACACGGGACUCAGAGUGCCAGACAGAAGAAAUCCUGAUAGCUGCUCCCUCCCGGCGGCGGAUCCGCGCCCAGAGGGGGCAGAGCGUUGUUGCCUCCCUCUCCCACUCUGCCGGCAACAUCUUGGUGCUGGCAGACAAUGGAGAUGCUGUCUUUGCUGCCGCUGUCAGCAACCGCAUCCGCUCACGGAGUCUUCCUCGUGAGGGCGCCCGGGCCAGCGAGAGCCAUCAGGAUGCCACCACUAAGGGUGCAGGGUAUGAAGCAGAGCACUUCCUAGCUGGCCAGGAGAGGAUUCUGAAAAAGGGGAAGGAGGUCUUGGGCAAGCCGGGUUCACAAGAGCAUCAGCCCAUCAGUUUAACUUGUCCUCAGCACCUGCACAGCCCUGAACACAGCAUUGGUGAGAGGGGGAGGUCACGACUCUCAAGGAUGGCUGAUUCGGGCAGCUGCGAGAUUUCAUCCAACUCGGACACCUUUGGGAGCCCCAUUCACUCUAUCUCCACAGCAGGAGUCCUGCUCAGUAGCCACAUGGAUCAGAAAGAUGACCACCAAUCCUCCAGUGGCAACUGGAGUGGAAGCAGCUCUACAUGUCCCUCCCAGACGUCUGAAACCAUUCCUCCUGCUGCCUCUCCUCCGCUGACGGGCUCUUCACACUGUGACUCUGAGCUGUCACUCAACACUGCUCCCAAUGCCAACGAGGACUCCAGCAUCUUCAUCACGGAGCAGUUUGGUGACCACGUGGACAAGGUCAGGGGCCACAGGGCAAGCUCCUUCACCUCCACUGUGGCGGAUUUACUGGAUGACCCCAACAAUAGCAACACAAGCGACAGCGAGUGGAACUACCUGCACCACCACCACGAUGCUUCUUGUCGCCAUGACUUUAGCCCUGAGCGCCCAAAAGCAGACAGCUUGGGAUGCCCCAGCUUCACCAGCAUGGCCACCUAUGACAGCUUCCUCGAAAAGAGCCCCUCUGACAAGGCAGACACUAGCUCACACUUUUCUGUGGAUACUGAAGGAUACUAUACCUCCAUGCACUUUGACUGCGGUCUAAAGGGUAAUAAAAGCUAUAUUUGCAACUAUGCAGCCAUGGGCUCCGAGAGUGGCCAGACCGGAAGCAUGACCUCCAGCCUGGCUGACUGCACCUGGCAGGAGUGCAUGAGCCACAGGAGGCAGGGACGGCAGUGCAUCUCACUGAAGAAACCAAAGGCAAAGCCAGCCCCACCAAAACGCAGCUCGUCUUUGAGGAAAUCGGAGGGCAGCACUGACCUUCCUGACAAGAAAGAACCAAAGAUCAGUGGUGGACAGCAUGUCUCUCACACCACCAGGGAAAUGAAGCUGCCCCUUGAGUUUGCAAACACACCUUCCCGAGUGGAAGGCCCCAGCGUGCCGGCCAAGCAAGAGCUCUCCUGGGCAAACCAGGGUGACGGCGGGUUAAAGGACACUCCAUUCAACACUGCCGAUAUCCCGUCUUUUAAAGAUGAAGGUGCUGAACAACCUCACUAUGCAGACCUCUGGCUUCUGAACGACUUGAAAUCCAGCGAUCCUUACAGGUCCUUGUCCAAUUCGAGCACUGCUACGGGUACUACAGUCAUAGAAUGCAUCAAGUCACCGGAGAGCUCUGAAUCCCAGACAUCCCAGUCCGGGUCACGAGCCACCACCCCAUCCCUCCCCUCAAUCGAUAAUGAAUUUAAGCUGGCCUCCCCUGAGAAGCUGGCAGGGUUAGCCUCACCCUCCAGCGGGUAUUCCAGCCAGUCAGAGACACCCACCUCUUCUUUUCCGACUGCUUUCUUUUCAGGACCCUUGUCUCCAGGGGGGAGCAAGAGGAAGCCGAAAGUACCGGAGAGGAAGUCAUCACUGCAGCAGCCGCUCUCAAAAGACGGCACCACCUCGGUGAGCAAAGACCUUGAACUGCCAAUUAUACCUCCUACUCACCUCGACCUAAGUGCUCUUCACAAUGUCUUGAGCAAGCCCUUUGCUCACCGGCACCAGCUGCACGCCUUCAGCCACAGCAAGCAGAGCACUGUUGGGGAAGCCCUGCAUCCCAGCCCUCCCUCUGCCCUCGCCAUCACACCCUCCGUUCUCAAGUCUGUCCAUCUCCGGGCAGUCAACAAGCCCGAAGGAGGGAAACAGAAAGGCAGCACUCCAGACCUGCUCUGCAUACAGGAGACCACCUUGAUGGCUACUGAUGUUUCUCCAGGCAAAAUGAGGCCGCUGUUAGCUAAGAAGCCAGUAUCACGCCAGUACUCCACAGAGGAGGCCAUAAUGUCGUACAUUGAUGCUUCCCCAGCAGAAGGGGGCCCUGGAAAGCCAGCUUUACAGAAAAGCUCUUCUUUCAGUGGUCAGAAUAGCUGUGAGAGAGAAGCUGUAACUUCAGCAAGCCUGAGUCUGGUUGAAAUCAAAGCUGGGAAGGACCAAACACACCUGGUCACUGAGUGCUUGCCAGACAAUGCUCUGAAUCAGAUAUGUGCUGUCUCCACAGAUGGGUUUCAGAAGGGCUCAGCUGUCCUUGCAGGUGAUGAAGCAAUGAAACCUGACCAGGGUGCAGAAACAGAGCACAACCUUCAGCAAGUGCAGGCUCAGCCAAAGCUCUCUGCAGGCAGUGAGGGGAGGCUGGAAGCUGGGCCUGCAGGAGAAAGCCCAAGUCAGGUAGAGGGAGUGGCCAUCAGCGAUCAGCUUAAGCAUCAACCCAAUGUUAGCCACCAUGUGCCUGGGAAUAUUGGCUAUGAAGCAGAGACAGAAGCAGUGAAUUCACUUGGUGAAGCAAGUUGCAAGCAGGAAAACGAUAUCGCAUCAGGUAUCCCAACCAAAAGUGCCUCUGAUGAUGGCAGGGUGGACGAGAUGGCAGGUGGCAUGGAGGAGCCUUUGCUGAAAGAGUCUUCUCCAAGUGAUGAGUCCCUUGUGUCUCCGCUGAGUGAGGAGUUGCAGGCUGAUGCUGAGGAUGUCUUUGUGUCUCCAAAUAAACCACGCACCACCGAGGAUCUGUUCGCAGUCAUUCACAGAUCCAAAAGGAAAGUUCUUGGAAGAAAGGAUUCUGGAGACCUUUCUGUAAGAAACAGAUUGAGAGCUUCAUCUGGGACUAGCAGCCAGCCUCCUGCCAGCAGCACAUUGCCCGCCAGCAGUGUGCCACCGGCCGGCAGCGUGGGCACUCCCUUAAGCAGUCAGAGGUCCCCUGGGCUCAUCUACAGGAAUGCCAAAAAGUCCAACACAUCCAAUGAAGAGUUUAAGCUACUACUCCUUAAGAAGGGCAGCCGAUCAGAUUCCAGCUAUAGGAUGUCUGCCACGGAAAUUCUGAAAAGCCCUAUUUUGCCCAAGUCUCCUGGAGAACUGACGGCGGACACCCCUCAAAGCCUAGAGGAGUCUCCCCCUGCAGUGAGCCCCGAUGCAUUGUCUCCACUCUCCCCCUGCUCCCCCAGGGUCAACGCGGAAGGAUUCUCCUCCAAGAGCUUUCCCAUGUCAGCAUCUUCGAGAGUGGGGCGCUCCCGGGCACCCCCGGCAGCCAGCAGCAGCCGGUACAGCGUGCGCUGCAGGCUGUACAACACACCGAUGCAGGCCAUCUCCGAAGGAGAGACUGAGAACUCUGAUGGAAGCCCCCAUGACGAUCGGUCUUCUCAGAGCUCAACGUAGGCUGCAUGGGUGCCAGGGCCAGGAUGCCGACACCCUUGGGCUCUGUAGAGAUGUGAAUAUAAGAGGCCAAUGCUGUAGCAGUCAAAAACAAACAAACAAACAAAAAAAAAAAGAAAAGGAAAGGAAAAAAAAAAGAAAAAGUUGCAGGGCGAUAUUGAUGCUUAAACGUGUUUGUGUUUGCAAGACGCUGGGGAAACAGAGGACUACAGCUGUAGCUAUUUAUUAUGUUACAUUUUCUAAAGUAGGAAGAUAGUCUGCUCUGUUUUCUUUUAGCUUCAUUUGAUUUGUCCCACUCUCAUUUCUGUUGUCGCUGUAGAUUUCAAGGCUAUAUGCUUUCCAGAGUUAAAAGUGAGUUUUGUUUGAUUAUUUUUUUUUCCAGAAGCUGCCCAUCUAGAAUCAAAACCCUCACUGUAGUGCUUCCCUAGGGAGGAAAAAAAAAGGAAAAAAAAAAAAAGUUCUUGAGGAUUGGUAUUUUUCUACAUGAAAAUGAGCUGAAACAAAAUUUAGAAGAAAUUAACAAAACAUAUGUAAAUACCAUAUUUUUGAUAAAAAUUUGUAAAUAAAAUUAUCAAAAAAAGUGGACAUGUGGCAAACAAUUUACUGCAUAACAACUUUGUUUAUAGAAGACAAAAGAAGUCCAAUGUAAUAACUGUAUUCUGUGAAUACCAUUUUCAUAUCAAACAAAAAAUUCACACGGCCACCAAUAAUCACUUUCAGUGCGACAAGCCUGAAGGACACCUUAGCUAAUGAAGUGGAAAGGCUCACUGCGAUGGGAUUAAAGUAUCCAUUUGUCUUUCUAAGGCAGCUCCAAAGAAGCUAACUGGAAAGCACAGCUGGGAAGGGUUACCGUGAGGAUCGGUGGGGAAAGCGAACAUGCUUCCGACAGAACAAAGUCGUGUCUGACGCAAAGCCCCAAAGGGUCCCACCCCACAGCCUCCCCUGGGCCUUUAUUCUAGCAGGGAUCACUUCAGAGAGGAGAGAGGCAAGAAGAAAUAGUACUUCAGUUUCAUAUUCCUAUUAGGCUUUUGGGAUACAUAACACGAUCAUAACCUGGUAACUAUAAUCUAAACACGAUUAGUCUCUGGUUCGUAAAGGAAACAAAUAAAUUAUAAGCAUGCAAGAAGCGCUUUCGAUUUAUCAGUAAAUAUCCGCGAUGAGUUUUCAGUGAAGCUUUCUCUUUGUGCUGAUGAGAUUCAUGCUACCUAAGUAUUUACAAAAAUGACACUGUGAAAACGUAGCUGGGAAAUAGGUAUGUGUAUGCAUUAUUUAUAUUCAUUGCUGAGCUGGGAAGGGGAAAGCUCUGGUUCGUUGUGCCAGCCACGUACAGUUGGGAUCUUGUCUGGGUUUACCAGAAGUGCAGGAUAGGGUCGGGGACUGGGGUGGGAAAGGAGACAAAUCAAAGCAGCUGCUUUGAUACAAAUGAAGGCAGGGAAAUAAAAGCUGAAUUACUUGAAGUUACUUGAAUUUUCUCAUCUUAAACCUGCAAGAACAUGUACUUUUAAAACUUAACCUGUGAAUCGCUUUAGACUUUUAAUUUUUAAACACAAUAAAACCAACAGGUCUUGUUCUCCUUGGGGUCAGCAUGGUUUCCUUCAAUGUAGCCCCAUCUGUGCUACUUGGAGAAGAAGGCCUUCUUUGUCCAAAAUUGAUGCAGGUGGUGUUGGUUGCCAUAGGAUAUGGUUUGGAGUAAAGGUUAGUGCAGAGAAAAAUAGUGCAAGGAGGAAUGUGACAUGCAGUAGGACAGGUCAAGUAGGAUGGCAGAAGGGGUGUACUUUGGUACUAAAGAAAUAAACUAAAAGCUGGCUUUAAGCAUAAGUAAAGGACAGGGAAGCAGGAUGUGUGAAAUGGGUUUUUACUAGUUUUUUUUUGCUUUUAAUCAUGUAAUGCAGAAAGCUGAGAAUUUUUAAAAGUGGGCAGAGCAUGUUUUAAAGAGAAAGGUUCUACCUAAAAGUGUUACGAUUUUAAAGAGUCUGAGCAAGUCAGAGUGUUAUUUCCCAUAAGGUUUAUGUCUGGUUUUGUUUGGUGCUUACCACAACAAAUAUAAUAUUAGGGUUUCCUACCAUCCUGUGUAACCUGGUUGUGUUUGGUGUGCGAGGUAGAGUUGCUGUGAAUGUGGUAUGUGCGUUGGGGAGAGGGGUGGUCCCUCAGCUGAAAUGCUGCAAAUUUGGGAACUCUAAAUGAUCUAAAAAUCUAAAAUAGUUUUCAAAAAGGUAAUGGUAGCAAGGUUUUGGAAGCAAAAGGCUAAUCACAUUAGUGGAUUAUUUAAGAAAAUAAGUCUGAACAGAAGUGAGGUGAAUGAAUGGUAAUGUUUUAAGAGGAAACCUUUAGCAUGUAAUAAACCACUUUCUGGAGAACAUGGGUAUAGGAAGUUUAGAUAUUGGGUAGAAAAUCCUUAGUUUGUCAUAUUCAGUCAUUUUCCUUAAAAAUUUUACCAGGAGCACUUUUAAAAUAUGUUCAGUAGUAAUUCAAAACCAUAAAGAGAAUACAGCUGAAUUGACUUCAAUGAGAUCACUUUUUAUUACCAAUCAAUAUAAUUUCAUAGAGACCAUAAAUAUAUUUAUAUAAACUAAAAAAAAUAUUUUUGACUGGAGUGGUGCGGCAACACUUCACAUAGGAAAUGGCCACAGAACAAUCCUGUUAAAAUACAGUCUUGCUUCCUUUGUUCAUUUCCUAGUUUAUAUUUAGCAGAUUGAAAUCCAAAUAAAGAGAGAUUCUAAAUUCACUAUGAAGAAUUCAUAAAAAACUUGGGAGUCAGAGGACAGCAAAUGGUGGGGACCCCUGUAGUGCUGCAGGCAUGCCAUUAAGGCACUGGAGGACAAGCUGUAGAGUGAAGGGGACAUCACUCACCUCUUGAGACAGGGUACAGGACAUUAUGCAUCAGGUAACCGUUGAACUGUCAUGUCAACCUACUCUUACGUUGUUUGCACUGAUGUUAUGGAAUUACUGAAGUUAUACAGCUGUGUGUUCUGAAAAAUAACAUUCCCCCCCUUUUUUUUUUUAUUUUUUAAAAUUUUGUUUCUUGUUUUUUGGUUUUGGUUGUGGCAGCAUAGAGGACAUGGAAUAGUUGUAGCAAAUAAAGCAUAUGUUUGCUUUUGCCAAAGGUCAGUGAUUGAGUGCAUUUGCUGCAAUGGUAGCAGAUAGAGAAAUACUGUAGGUUAUGACUUAAAGAAUAUAAAAAAAAAAAUAAUUAAGAAGGUUACAGUGUAACUAUUUUGGUACUAGCACCAGUUCAUGCUGGCAGAAAAGACAAUGGUUUAUGGACUUGCAUCCAUUUUGUAUUUUUGUAAUAUUUGUAAAUACAAACUUUUUAAAUUGUUGCAAAGAUGGUUUCUUUUGUAAAAUGUUUUCAAAGUUUACAUUAAAUCCAAGCCUUUGUAUAUUUUAGAGCUGUGCAACACUUUAAGUCUUGUAUUUAUUUUUAGUAAAAACGGUGACAGUUUCAUUGUGAACCCCUCUCAAAAAAUGUGUCGGAAAAGUUUGAUUACCUAGAAAGUGUGUAUAGAAACUGCAAAUAAACGUGACUGCAAUUAAA